AUGGGUCGAGGAAGAUCUACCAAUCUGCGAACGGCAGAGGAGAGAGCUGCAAUUCGUCGUGAAAAGUUCAGAUUGAAUGUCCAGGCUCACCGUGAACGCCAGAAACAGAAAUCAUCGGGUCAAACGUCCAAAUCUUCCAUUCAGUCAAAGUUUCGCUGGAUCCACGAGACAAAAUGGGAGGCUUUGAGUUCUGUGCACCAAGCAAAAUCUCGGAAUGGGAGAGAGCAAGAUCCUGGUCGCAAACAGAUCGUCACCCUUCUGCGAGUCUCUCAGCCCAGUCUGUUGUUUGAGCCGACUCCCGAGAAACAGAACACGACUGCACUUCUGGGGAUAUUCAGAUCUCGACUUCUCCCGGAUAGAAUCAAGCUUCCAUCCCCCACGUGUCCUGAGAAGUAA